AUGGAAGGCUCUGCAGGACUUCAAGGAGGGCAAUGCCAUCUUCACCUUCCGGGACCCCGCAGAAGAUCAUGUACCUUUCAGAAGACUAUUUCAGGAAGACAGGGAAGCGAUCCAAAGCCAAUCAACACUUCUCCCGGAUCGAUUUUUGGGGUUAAGAAGUAUGCAGAUGCGCUGAUGGAGAUCAUCCAGGAACGGAACCUCACUGUGAACUACAAGCAAAAUCUCACUGAAGUCCGAGCCGAUAGACAAGAGGCUGUGUUUGAGAACGUGGACAACCCUGGAGAGACCCAAGUGAUUCCCUACGAAAUGCUUCAUGUCACACCCCCAAUGAGCGCACCUGACAUCCUCAAGAAGAGCCCUUUGAUUGAUGCUGCUGGCUGGGUGAAUGUGGAUAAAGAAACCUUGCAGCACAAGAAGUACCCAAAUGUGUUUGGGAUCGGGGACUGCACCAACCUUCCUACUUCGAAGACUGCUGCUGCCGUAGCUGCCCAGUCAGGAAUCCUUGACGGAACAAUUUCUCUGGUCAUGAAGAAUGAAAAACCAACGAAGGAGUAUGAUGGCUACACGUCAUGUCCACUGGUGACGAGCUACAAUCGUGUGAUUCUUGCGGAGUUUAACUACAACUUGCAGCCACUGGAGACCUUCCCCUUUGACCAGAGCAGAGAGUUUCCAUGUACUUCAUGA